AUGGAGCUGAGAGCGCCCGCUCUCGUCUCCUCUGCUCUGGUGUCGGGUCGGCGCCGCUCGUGCUCGGUCAGGCUGGAGCGCCUGCUGGUGGACGCGGAGCGGCGCACCUGCCGGGUCGGGCGCCGCACAUACAAGCUGCACGCCACCGAGCCCGCACCCACACGCCAUGUCACCACCACCAUCUAUCAAUGUGACCAUUGCGGCAAACGGUUUAGGAACAAGUCGGUUUUGGAGAAACACAUACGCACUCACUUGUCGUUAGGACCGUCGCCUAAUUCCACCCGAGAGAACAUUGCUUUGGAUCGUCAACAAAUGUCACAAAGGAAUAGAAAACCUAAUGGCAAUGCCUUUAAUUGUGAUUACACGUCCAAUAAAAAAUUACGCUCAGGAAAUCACAAGAAGCACACUGGUGAAAAGCCAUUCAAAUGUAAGUUGUGUGACUACAAGUGCAUUUCGAAAUAUAUGUUACAUAAUCAUAUCAUGACUCACACUGGCGAAAAGCCAUUUAAAUGUAGCUACUGCGAUUACCGGAGCCAUGUAAAACGUAAUUUGCAGAGGCACCUUUUAACUCAUACUGAUGAAAAACCUUUUAAUUGUAAGCUCUGUGACUACAAGUGCAUUACAAAAAAUAUGUUACAGUAUCAUCUGUUUAUUCACACUGGUGAAAAGCCAUUCAAAUGUAAGUACUGUGACUACAAGUGCAUUACGAAAAAUACGUUACAGAAUCAUAUGAUGACUCACACUGGUGAAAAGCCAUUUAAAUGUAACUACUGUGACUACAAGUGCAUUACGAAAAAUAUGUUACGGACUCAUGUGAUGACUCACACUGGUGAAAAGCCAUUUAAAUGUAACUACUGUGAUUACAAGUGCAUUUUGAAAUAUAAGUUACAGAAUCAUCUUAUGACUCACACUGGCAAAAUGCCAUUUAAGUGUAACUACUGCGAUUACCGGAGCAAUGUCAAACGUAAUUUGCAGAGGCACCUAUUAACUCAUACUGAUGAAAAACCUUUUAAUUGUAAUUACUGUGACUACAAGUGCAUUACGAAAUAUAUGUUACAGAAUCAUAUCAUGACUCACACUGGUGAAAAGCCAUUUAAAUGUAACUACUGUGACUACAAGUGCAUUACGAAAAAUAUGUUACAGAAUCAUAUCAUGACUCACACUGGUGAAAAGCCAUUUAAAUGUAACUAUUGUUACUACAAGUGCAUUACGAAAAAUAUGUUACAGAAUCAUAUCAUGACUCACACUGGUGAAAAGCCAUUUAAAUGUAACUACUGUUACUACAAGUGCAUCUUGAAAAAAGAGUUAAAGAAUCAUCUGAUGACUCACACUGGCGAAAAACCAUUUAAAUGUAACUACUGCGAUUACCGGAGCUAUUUAAAACGUAAUUUGCAGAUGCAUCUAUUAACUCAUACUGAUGAAAAACCUUUUAAUUGUAAUUACUGUGACUACAAGUGCAAGAAGAAAAGCUUGUUGCGAGCUCACGAGAUUACUCACUCUGAUGAAAAACCAUUUAAAUGUAAAUACUGUGAUUACAAGUGCAAGUAUAAAAGCUUGUUGCGAGCUCACGAGAUAACGCACGCUGAUGAAAAACCAUUUAAAUGUAACGACUGUGAGUUCAAGUGUACGCGGAAAUCAAGCUUCAAUAAGCACCUCAUGAUUCACACUGGAGAGAAGCCUUUUCAGUGUAGGUACUGUGACCACAGGAGCCGUCGUAGAGAAACCCUACGAGCUCAUGAGAUGAUACAUACUGGUGAAAAACCCUAUAAAUGUAAUUACUGUGACUUCAAGUGCAAGAAGAAGAGUAAUUUACGAAACCACGAAAGUAUACACACUGGGGUAAAGCCUUUUCAAUGUAGUAACUGUGACUUCAAGAGCAUAAACAAAUCAGGACUUCGACAUCAUCAAGCAGUACACACCGAUGAAAAGCCUUUCCAGUGUAGUUGUUGCGAAUACAAAUGCAAGCAGAAAAGUCAAUUACAAGCUCACGAGAUGACACACACUGGUGAUAAACCCUAUAAAUGCAAAUUCUGUGACUUCAAGUGCAAGCACAAAGGUAGUUUACGACGCCACGAGAUGAGACACACCGGGGAAAAGCCGUUUGAAUGUAGUAACUGUGACUACAAGUGCAAAACCAAAUCAGAACUACGAAGACAUCAAGCAGUACACACCGAUGAAAAGCCUUUCCAGUGUAGUCAUUGCGAAUACAAAUGCAAACAGAAAAGACACUUACGAAGACACGAGUUGACACACAAAGGUGAACAGCCUCUCCAUUGUAGUUAUUGCGAAUACACAUGCAAGCAGAAAAGUCACUUACAAGCUCACGAGAUGACACACACUGGUGAUAAACCCCAUAAAUGUAAAUACUGUGACUACAAGUGCAAGAAGAAAGGUAAUUUACGAGACCACGAGAUGAGACACACCGGGGAAAAGCCUGUUAAAUGUAGUAACUGUGACUACAAGUGCACAAACAAAUCAGGACUACGACAACAUCAAGCAGUACACACCGAUAAGAAGCCUUUCCAGUGUAGUUAUUGCGAAUACAAAUGCAAACUAAAAAAGCAGUUACGAACUCACGAGGUGACACACACAAGUGAAAAGUAUUUACAGUGCAAUUAUUGCGCAUAUAAGUGCAAGCUAAAACGACACUUAAUUAUUCACCUAAAGAAACACUAAUAAAAAGCUCCGAUACAGCCAUUAUAAGCACUGAAAGUUUAGGAGUAAAAGGAGUUACUCGAAGAACAAAUUAAAUUACUUUCUAUGAAAAUAUUUUAAUGUAUUAUUUGAAGUAAACACACUAUUAAUUUGUUUCGGUUUUUAGUAAAUGGAGUUCUCCAGGUGAGGUCUCCCCUCGCCAGGGCGACGCGGACAUGUAUCUAAAGUAAUAUUUAACUUUAAUUUGUCUUCAUGUUCAACUUUGUUACAAUAAAUUCAGAAGUUGCAGAAAAGGUUGUUUUAAAUUCAUCAAAUUGUUUAUUUUUAAGUCCGCUAGCUGGCGCGGGUGCACGGAGCAGGGUAAAAACAAUGAGCGUUACUAAAGUCUGUAUCUUGAUUAGGUUUUUAAAUAAAAUCUACCCUCAAAUGGCUCCUUAAGCCAGUUGAGGGUACCUUUCGUAGAAGAAAUAUGCUUUCUAUCUGAACGUUUGGCAAUUAUUUUCUAUGUCGUGCUGUGCGUGUAUUUUGAGGUUUGGGUAGAUAAUCUAAAAUAUAAGUGAAUGAACUAAAUACAUAUUAUCAGCUCUAAGAUAACUUGUGUUUAUUAAAAAAUUAACAAUUCCAAGCAUAGGUGAGAAUUGUAUGU